AUGCCUCUCAACGUCGCCGUUCUUGGAUCUGGCCUCGGUGGCAUCGCUGCCGCCAUCUCCCUUCGCCGCCAGGGCCAUCAUGUUACUCUCUAUGAGCGAUACGACUUUACAGGUGAAGUUGGUUCCAACAUUUCUUGCGCGUCAAACGGCACUCGGUUCCUCGAGAAGUGGGGAGUUGACAUCCAGAGAGCCCGUCCUGUUAUUCUUACCGAUAUGGUCUGGCACGACUGGGCCAAGGGAGACAUCACAUCCUCGUAUCCCUUUGGUGACUACAAGGGCAAGUUUGGCACCCAUUACUACAGCUUUCAUCGACCCGACAUCCACUCCGAGUUGAAGCGAACUGCAACUGCGAGUGAAGGCGAGGGUCCUCCAGCCAAGCUAUUGCUGAACCAUAAGGCCAUCAAAGUGGAUGCGGAGAAGGGUUGGGUUAAGUUUGAGAAUGGCUUGGAGAUCACAGCAGACCUUGUUAUUGCCGCAGAUGGCAUUCGUUCGAACACAAGAGCCGAAAUUGGAGUCGAGACUAACGCUACGCCUUCGUCUUCGUGCUGCUACCGCUGUAUUGUCCCUUACGAAAAGCUUGAAAAGCUUGGACUGACCGAAUAUGUGACCCGCAAUGCUAUCGAGUACUGGGGAGGCAUGGGUAUCGAGAAGAUCGUCAUGUCCCCGGCCGGUGGCGGCUCCAUGAUCUGCUGCUACUGCUUCUACCCAGCCUCACUUAACGACACUCGCGACGAUGGCUGGAACGUUUCUGCUACGCCCGAGCAGCUGGUUGAGACAUUCAAGACAAUCGAACCGAAUAUGAAGAGACUCUUCGCCGAGGCAGAGGACAUCAAGAUGUGGCGGCUCUACGAUCACAAGCCCUAUGAAUACUGGGUCAAGGGCAAGGUCGCACUUUCAGGAGACGCCGCUCAUCCCAUGAUGCCUGAUCAGAGCCAGGGAGCUGUGAGUGCCUUUGAGGAUGCUGCAGCACUUGGUCUGCUAUUUUCUGAGUCUAAUCUUGCCAAAAAAUCUGUGGAGCAGCUUCUCAAGAAGUACGAGUCUCUUCGUAAGCCUAGAGCCACUAUGCUUCAAGCUGCAAGCUUAAGAGCUCGUCUCGAUCUUACUGAGAGAAUUGGAUGGAGUUCUGUCGAUACUAAACCGGGCAAGCUGACUUGA